AUGCUCGGACACGAGUCGCUGCUUGUCGCGCAGUCCCUCGCUAUUUUUCUCUUUGGUAGUCCUCUAUCAGAGGCUUGUGCAGAUUGUGUAACACUUGCUCCUGGACAAGAAAAAGUCAUAAAUUUUGAAGAAAAUGAUUUCAAUCUACCGCUGCAAAUGAUGUACUCCACAAAUCGAAAAGCAAAAGUGCAGGCAUUAAAUAUGUCGGCGACCAAGGAACAAGCACUAAGAGCAAUCAACAAUAUCUUCGAAAUUGCGAUGCACGAUGGAAUUAGCCAUCAGCUAGCCGUUCAAGGGCUUUCAAUGGAAGUUUUGAAGCAAAUACAAUACAUGCCGUCUACUUACGAUCCCCUCCAGUGCAACGAUGUCGCCGUGGCAGCAUCGUACGGGCAAGUUGUUGAGUUUGAUUCGGAGAGUAGCGGAAGCGUGUACAAUUGCGGUGUGAUUUCAAAUCCAUAUCAGCUAGCAUCUGUUUGCCAAAGCACAAAGUGCACCAUAUUAGAAAAUACGAUUCCCCAAGAAUUCCUUACAUACAAAGGAAGCCUCAAGAAGUAUGCCCUCUUCCUUACCCUUCUAGUCUUCCUUCACCGAGCUCCCAGCUUUAACAAGCCCUAA